CCUCGGGGUGUGUUACCUGUCCCGGGCCUUGUGGGAGAAAACAAAAAAACACGUCUUAAGCCACAGUCACAAUGCCAUCUCUGGCGUAGGAUACUCCAAGAGUGACACAAGAGUAUUUUCUCCUUUUCAAACCCGCACGGUACUAAAUAUUAAUAAGGUGCAGACGGGGACAGGUUACCUCACAGAGGGCUGCUGCGGACCGGUUUAUUAUUCCCGAGACGACCGAGAAGGCAGGAGAAACGCUAGUCAUGUCUGAGAGCCCCGAGGAGCAGCAGAGCACUGGGGUCUUGGGUCGUAUUGGUAGCUGGUUCUCUCCAUGGAAGGGAAAGGGUCCGAAGAGUCCCACUGAAAAUGCCUCCCCGACUAGCGAUCAGGCUCCUAAGUCAGAGGGAGAACAAGAGAGUGAGGAAUCUGUGAGACUCCGGGCAAGGACACAUGAGUGGGAGGAGGAGAAGGACCAGAGCUCCAAUCCCAAUCCACUCCGUCUCUCCAGAGACAUUUCCCCCCGUGAAGAGGGGGACGCCACCCAGUCUGCCCGCAGAAACGGCUCUGUUGCGAGCAGCACUGAAACAGCAGGAGGAGAUCCAAAGAAGGAGGAGUUUGUGGACUGCAGGAAGAAGAGAGUCAGGCAGGGAAAGGAGAGGGAGGAGAGCAGCGACGGUACUUCAGCGAGUGGGAACCCUGAGACGAAUGCCAGUCAUCUGACACAUCUCUCUUCCUCUUCUAAGCAGGGAGUGGUAUCGGAAUCUGACCAGGCCCAGGCUCCGCCUCAAGCCAAGAGACAAGCACAGGCAGGCAGGAGGCUCCACGUGUACCUGGAGGAGACCAGUGUGAUUCAAUUCGACCAGGACACCUGUACUAGAAAGGAAGUUGUCGAAGUCACAAAAAAGGACCUACAGGUCUUCACCAAAGUAAAGUCAUCGCCAAGUUCUGAUUUGAGCUCAGGUUCAACAAGUGCAGAGAACAAAAGGACAAAUGUGAGGCCUUCUGUUGGGGCACAGAGUUAUUACAGUGCCCUGGUGGGGGUGUCACUGAAAUCACCCAAAGAGUCAAAGUCAGAGUCUGAACCUGAAGAACAAACAGAGGCUGACAGCAUGGGACGUAAAAACGCAGCCAGAAGGAAAAUCAGGAAGAACUCUCAGGGAGAUGAAGGGAACAGCCCCCAGGAAAAAAUGCCUCCCAUCACCCAACCUGUCCCAGAGGGAAUCCCUGCACCAGAUAACUCAGUGACCGAUCCUCAGGGCAAAAGUCCAAAGACUCACAUGGGAGAGCGACCUGUUGGCUCCUCCUCCGAGCACAACCCCACCUCUCAGGCUUCACCUGAAGGAGCGGAGGAUAAGACUUCCUGCCCUGAUUCAGCCAAGCUGUUGGACAACGUCCAGGAUUCAAACUCAGUCAACGCAGCCACUCCGGCAUGUGUGGUUGAUGGGAGAGCAAACAUGGAGGACGACGACAGUCUUUACAGAGUAGAACGGAAGACGGAGACACCCGAGUCCAAACGCAGGAGUUUGAAGGUUUCUCGAAGUGAGGUGAAGCUUUUUACAAAGAAUGUGCCUUUGAAUCCAAAGCAAAGUCCAGCGGCAGACACCCAGGAAUUAAAAGCAGCGGUAGAGAAUAAUAAAGAUGAAGCAAAGGAUAAGCCCAAAACAGAGAUCGAUGCCAGACAACACAAGCUGAAGAACAUUGAUGAGGAGCCUAAGCCAGUCGUUGGCCGCAUUGCAGAUAGAAUCAGCCUCUUUGAGCGCCCGGCGGCCGUUGCCAACCAGCGGACCUUCCAAAGUCCAAGGAGUGCUGAUGUUUCUCCAGUCAGGAAAACCACGGAACAGCCGAAAGCAGAUUCAGCAUUGUCAGAAAAAAGGCCAAGAUCAGCCGAACGUGGCGGCACAGCCAGGUCAAGCUCUGCAUCACCUGUGGAUGAGAAGCCGAUGACCAUCAAGGAGCGUGCGAAGAACUUCACAGAAGCAUCUGAAACACAGGAAAAGCCAGCGCUGCCUCAUAAGCCAGACAUGGCAAGAAUGUCUCGAAAAGCCUCUGCGUCUGUUGCAGUUGCUGCGUCAAAGUCACCAGAACUAGACAAUCAGGGUAAACUGGAUACUGAAAAGCAAAUACAGCAAGCAAAGUCAGAGAUAACAUUAAAACCAGAUGGACAAGAUACCACCGCUGUGGGGGUAAAGACUACAACGACUAAAGGACAGUCAACAGACUCCAAAACAAACGACACAGUGGCCAUGAAAACAGCCGAUCAGGGUAUGAAACCUAACAGUGUUGAAACAAAUACCCCAGCUAAAGAUACGGGUGGUUCUACAGAACUGACCAAUAGCAGUAGCCCACAGUCCAAAGGCCCUAGCAGAACAGGCUCCCGCUCUAAAAAAAAAAAAAAAGGUAGGGACCCAACCAGUUCCAUCAGCCCAAAUAGUGAAGAUAAACCGGAUCGCUCCACAAGUAAGCCAGAGCUCGCUACUAUAGGAAAACAGAAUGAACAGUUGGAGUCGUCAGUGAUAAAGGAGGAUAUUGACAAAUCUGUGAACAGACAGGAGGGAAUGGCUGAACCAUCUGUCAACAAAGAUGAACCCGAUACUGCUGCUUGCAGCAGUGGAACCAAGAUGCCUAUUGACAAGGAUCCCAUUAUUUUACCCCAAAAGGAGAAACAGGCAGGGGAACACAGCCUCUUAUUCACACAGAGGAGAGAAAAGGCCUCCAAGGACAGCGAGAAAACUUCAGCCUCCUCCCCCUCACCGGCGAUUGAACGACCUAUUGAGAAGACUGGUUCAAUGGAGCAAGAGACACCUGUUGAACACUUAAAAAUAGUUAAAGAAUUGCCAGUGCAGUCUGAAUCUACCGAGCCAAAUAAAAAAGUAACAGGGCAAAUACCGAAACGCCCAAACAAGGACAUGGAACUAAUAAAGCAGGCUGAGAUUAAAGAUGGGGGCAAAUUGGAAAAGGUGGAGGGCGAAAAAACAAUUCAGACUGAGAAGAAAAACAAAGACAAAGCACAGCAGCUCCUGCGUUCAGAUAAAAAGGCCAAGGUUUCAGAAAGCAAACGAGGUGUCUCAGAGACAGAGGGGAGUACUGUGAGGGAUGAUGAAAGAAAAAAUGCUGAAAGAAAGGAUGAGACGCAGCCGGCUAAAGUUCUAACAAAACCAGAAACAACCCAACCAGAACCAGCCCCUCCGUCCUCAGAAGGGAGCGGUGCAUCAUCAGCCCCGCCUGUUAAAAAACAAGGUGUCGCACAAAAAAAGACUACACAUCCAGAGAAAGCUGCUGCUUGUGCCGUUACCCCAACUAAUGAGGCUGUUAGUGUGACCAAGACUGCGAAAGGCCCGUCAAAAGGAGAAGAGGCAACAACUGAGCCUUCAGAGUUGAAAACAAAGUCUACAGAAAGCACUGGAACGGAGCCAGAGCCAGUGGUGGUAGCAACAGAACCACAGGCUCAUUCUGUAUCCGUGGAAAAAACGGAGAAUUCACCAGAUGACUCAUGUGCACAUGGAGCUAAUGAUGCUCAAUUCUCCAGCUCAGAGUCAAUUACCAAAGCAACCAAAGCAGCUGCCGAAGCGACUGUCAAAGCCGCUGCCGGUACUCCAGCCCUGAUAGCUGCACAGACUGAUAAUAUAUCAGAGAAUGAAUCUUCUGAUAAAAAGUCUUUGCCUUUGUCUGUCUCUAAAUCUUUGAGCAGCGAUGUAGCAAAGCAGGAUGAUGGGGGGAAAAGUUCAACUGGCAAAUCAGGGCAAUCAGAAGUCUCAGGAGGUAUAAUGAAACUAGCUCCUAAACCCCAACAGUGUGAGGAAUCAAAAAAUACGGAGAAUUCAAGUGAUGUCACUUCACUCAAGAGCGCAAAGAAAAUAACGCAGAGCCCCUCUGAUGGCGCCGUUUGUAGCUCAACAGUAAAUGUUGUGGAGAAGACAGCUGAGAAUACAUUCCAUUCACUAAUGAAUGAACCUUCACCUGUUGCUAAUGGUGAUAUAUCCCCACAUUCACAACUCCACACAGUCAAAAAGGAACCGGUCAAGAACAAACCAAGUCAAACUCCAGAAGCAACCACUUCCUUACAUGCUAAUAAGCCGAUCCAAGGCACAGCCCAGCGUUCAACCAUGAAGAAGCUCCAUUUCCCACAGGGACGAAGCAAAGACGAUUCUGCCACCGGGCAAGAUGCUCCUUCCAGUUGGCUGGAUGUGGACUUUCCCAGGAGGAAGCUCAAAGUCUCGGAGCCCAAACUGAGCUCUUCUGGAAGUGAGAGCAAUAUUCUGGACACUCCUGAGCUGGAUGACAAUGAUUUCAUUGAGAAAAUCAAGAAGCUUUGUGCACCGUUCUCCCUCCCGCCACGUAAACACAACCAACUCCGGCCACCUCAGCCACCGUUUGCCAUGCCCGCCAUCAGAGAGGCCCGCUUUGAGAAGACCUUUGACCCCGAUGAGUUUAAGUUUGGCUUGAGUAAGAAGAAUCAGUUCAAUGUAGACACAACCGCGGGCCUCUUAGCCUCCAAGCAAAAGAACAAGGAGACAAAAUCCAGCCCGAAGCCUGCCAGGGCUAGUUUGGCAGACAGGAGCAUGCUGCUCAGUAUACUGGACACUCACUCUCGCCUCAGGGACAGCACCCCUGUCAAAGACGAGGAGGACGUCAAGGAAGAGAAAGACGACCAGAUUAAAGUAAAGUCUCGCUUGGAGGGGAGCUGUGUCCUCAGCAGCCUCACCUCCUCCAUCUUCAGAGGGAAGAGGAAUGGAGAUCAAAAGCAGGCCGAAGGAACCCACUCUGGGGAUGUGUCACCUAGCGAAGCCCCAAAGCUAAGCCCUCCAUGUGUAUCCCAGCCACCCCCGCCAAGCCCAACUGCCACAGCUCCACUCAAAGAAACAACGGCCCUGGGCAGCAGAGAGGAAGCCCAGGCUGCCGAGGCUGCGGUCAGUGACUCAGUGCCUCCAUUUCCCUCCUUUAACGACAUCAAGCUGCCGGACUAUUUGGAGAAGUACCUCCCUCGAGAGCCAGCGAAACUAGAGCACAGCAUACAAGGACAGGAGCAAGUCAGAACUGAGGUUAUUGGAAAAAUGUCAGCUCCAGCCUCUGGAGGUGAAGCAGACCUGGCUGUGAAACCAGGUCGUGUGCUUCCUGAAGCUGUGCCUCCAUGUUUUCCUGAGAUCACUCCAGUCACACAUCCUACACUCCCUGAGCUAAAACAGCCUCCGGCUCUGCCACAGGCAAUACUUAGAAAUAAUAUAAGAACUGUCAAGGGAUUCCACAAGCGCCCUGGAAAGAUGGUGUUGUUUGAAAAACCUCAGUUCAGUGGCCAGGCGCAUGAGAUUUACAGGGAUGUAGCAGAUGCUACUUCUCUGCAGCUCUCACCUCUCAUAUCUGUGAACGUUGUUAGAGGAUGCUGGGUGCUCUACGAGAAACCCGACUUCCAGGGGCGCUGCAUCGCCUUGGAGGAGGGAGGCAUUGAAUUGACAAAUAUAUGGUCAGAGCCAGGACCAGAGGCAGAACCACAGAACAACCCACCAAUGCUAAUUGGCUCAAUUCGACACGCCGUCUGGGAUUACAGCCUGCCCCAUAUUGAUCUGUUUACUGAACCGGAGGGCCACGGCAGAGUAACACCUUAUCAUGACGAAACCGUAGAGACGGGCUCGUUUAGCAUCCCGCUGAGCACUGCUUCCAUCCAAGUGCACUCUGGGGUGUGGCUGGUGUUCAGUGACCCCGGGUUCCAAGGCAUGAUAGCUGUUCUGGAGACAGGAGAGUACCCUUUCCCUGAGACCUGGGGCUUCCCAUCACCCUUUGUUGGAUCUCUUAAACCACUUAAAAUGGGUGGUUUCAAAGUGGAGAAUCCCCAUGAAGUCAAGGCGGUGGUGUAUGAAAAGCCUGGCCUUGAGGGCUCCUGUUUGGAAAUCGACAGUGACGUUUUCAGCUUUUGUGAAAGUGAAGGAGACAUCGCUAUUGAUGGAGCAAACCUAGACUCGACAAUACUGAAGUCUGUGGGUUCUUUAAGGAUCAUUGGAGGACUCUGGGUGGGCUACAGCGAGCCUGGGUUUGAGGGCCAGCAGUACAUCCUGGAGGAAGGAGAGUACCUGGACUGCAGCGACUGGGGAGGCUCAGACCGGCUCGGGUCACUGCGACCAAUACCGGCUGAUUUCAUGUCUCCACACCUCAAAAUGUUUAGCGACAAACAUUUCGGUGAGCUGGGAGUCAACAUUGACCUCACAGUGCCUGUUAUUGACAUGGAUGGCACGGGCUAUGGCGUGAAGACACAGUCGAUUGAUGUCAUCAGUGGCGUCUGGGUUGUGUUUGAAGAGCCGGGUUUUUGUGGCGAGUGCUACCUUCUGGAGAAAGGCCUGUAUGGAAGCCCAGAGGACUGGGGAUCAGCACAGCCCAGAGUUGCCUCAGCAAUGCCUGUCGUGUUGGACAAUUUUGAGAAUGCAGCCAAGUUUAAGGUGCAGCUUUUCUCUGAUCCAGGUUUUCAAGGCUCUGUUAUCCCUCUGGAGGACAGUGUGGCCUCCCUGCAGGACGGCGUCUCUGUGGCCUCAUGCAAGGUUCUGGCUGGAAGCUGGCUGGCAUUUGAAGGCCAAAACUUCACUGGCAGGAUGUACGUGUUAGAAGUGGGGAGCUACCCAGACCUGAGAGCAAUGGGCUGUGUCAAUGCGAGUUCCUCCAUCCUGUCGCUACAGACUGUUGGCUUUGAGUUCUCACUGCCAUCCAUCACUCUGUUUGAGCGGUGCGGUCUGUGGGGUAAGAGGGUGGUUCUGACAGAUGGAUCAGUCAACCUUCAGCUGGCUGGAGGCUGCAGCAGAGUCCAAUCAGUGCUAGUGGAGGGAGGCAUGUGGGUUUUAUACGAGGGAAUGAACUAUCGGGGUCCUCAGAUUCUGCUGAAACCUGGUGAGGUGCCAGACUGGCGCAAGUUCAGCAGCUGGCAGAAAAUUGGAUCCCUCCGCCCUCUUAUACAGAAGCGAGUGCACUUCCGUUUAAGGAACAGAAAGACGGGGCUCAUGAUGACGGUGACCGGCGAUUUGGAUGAUGUCAAACUAAUGCGGGUUCAAGAAACAGAGGAGACUGAUGGCUUCGAACAGAUCUGGUUCUACCAGGAUGGACAUCUCCACUGCAAGCUGGUGGAGGAGUGCUGCCUGAGUCCCAGUAUUAGCGUGGUGAUGGCAGGAAGCCGCGUAGGUCUCUCCCCAGAGCCGGACAACCAAGACCACCUCUGGAGCGUCACCCCUGAGGGAUUUAUCCGCUACAGCCCCACCUCUGAUCUGGUCCUGGACGUCAAAGGGGGAACUCAAUACGACAAAAAACAAGUGAUUCUUAAAAACCUUGAUCCAAGUAGUCUACAACAACAGUGGGAUGUGGAGAUUAUAUGAAAACAC